UGCUAGUUCGUGAUUGGCUCUGCCCACCUCUUUCAUUGUUAUGCCCACUAUUACUAAUUUGUUCCCAUUGGAAACAACAGGCUGGGUCUAUCUUGGUCUAGUUAUAACAAAUCUUUGCUGAAGUCAUUCCCAAAAAACAAUAGCACUUCCGGAAACAAACCUACGGAUCUGGUAGUGGGACAAUCCACACUACGCUCCUCUCUGGAGAGACGUCUUUAUUUGAGCAAAACCUUUGCAUGUUCUCACGUUGACUGUAAAAAAGGUUGAACAUAUAAUCCGGCUAUUUUUAUAAAAUUGUGUAAAAUAUUUACAGGAAAUCUACACAUCAUUCAGUGCGUCACACAAAGCACUGUGUGCCGUGUCCAUAGAAUAAGAAGCCAUGUUCUGAUCAAUCCUGUACGUUAUAUUCUAAAUAAUAAUCGAUUGUACAUGUACAUGAGUGUUGGUUGAAGAUGUCUGCCACCCACAUGUCGAACGAAGGGUUUCAAAUUCAGUUCGCCUCUGUUAUGGAGAGUGUAUUGAAUACUGCAGUCACCGAGACAAUUAAACUUUUCGAAACAACUAUUGAGGAACUGCGAGCCGAAAUAUCCAGAAUAAAAAAGAGAACAAGGAACCUCAAAUCGAGGCGUCGAUCCCAUGAAAUAACGAAGAGAUGGACCGGUGAAAGUGAACGCCAAAACCACAGAGCCCAGACCGAGUCAAAGUGCAACACGUAUCGGAAAAUGUGACAUCGGCGUUCAAUGCGUUCUGACAAAGCAGGCUUUACCUCGGGCUGGGGAGCAGCACCUGCGGGAGGAGGACCAGGGGACUGAGCUGCACUGUGGAGCGUAUAACAAAGAGGGCAACCCACAGAUGGCCUUUGUUCUGAUCAAACAGGAGGUCGACUGGGAGGCAGACUAUUCUGAUGACUACUCCCCUGGGUACAUACUGCUGAAGAAGGAGGGGGCAGGUCCCCCGACUCUGGUCCGCAGACAACCUCUCAGAGAGUUACCAGGCAGAGCCCUGGUCCCUCCUGGAGCCGUCAGGGCCCUGAUCAACCGUUACACCCAGGAAAGGCCUCCCACCACCCAGUCUACCCCAGGAGCCGCAGCGGCCGUCCUCCAGGGAGAUCCAGACACCCAGGAGGCCCCCCAGGCUCUCAGCCCAUCCCAGCCCAGGACCAGAGAAGUUACCAGUGCCAGUGCAGGCCAGGCCCCUGGAGCAGAACAGCAGUCACUGGUAAUACCAGCAGCAGAGUCUCCCAUCAACAUUACACCAGACAGCAUCUUCUCAAUCAGCAGCCACUAUCCAGUCUACAUCACCUGUCCUGUCUGCUGUAUUGGUCCAGUCCACGGUAACUACUCUGUCAAAAGAAACUGUCCAGUCGACCGUAACGGUGAAGUCGACAGCAGCAGCGUCAGAGCGCCUGCCACCUGUCCUCUCCGGGUUACCCAGAACCCCUCAUCAGGAUACACAGCCCAGCCCCGUACCCCCUCGUCCACCCCAAUCAUCACCAUCACAGUCCUUCACAGAUGUUCUACCUGUAGCUCGUCCAAUAGCAGUGCCCUCAACACAACCAGCUAGGCCUACAGGACCACCGGUCGCACCACCAACACAACCGCAACCGCCUACAGUUUUGGAGCAGUUGGGUGUUGCCAUGGCAACAUCGCUAACACCACCGGUCCAGUCCGCUCCUUCUCCAACUGUGUUGAUAGAACCUGCCGGCCCCCCUGAGAAGCAGGGGUCGUUGGUCACUGAUCAUGUGCAACGCUCCCCCACUGUGCCACGACCGAAGUCACCUGCUUUCCCAGAGAGGAUGUCUGAUGAAGCUCCUCCUCAGCUGUCAGACCCUGCUGUAACUACACCCUCACCCUCUUGCCCCUUUCAAAUGUCUAAGACACAGUUUUUAGCUCAGUUGUCAGUAGUACCCCAAGUACGCGCCCUGCCGUGGUUGGAGGAAGAGGAGGAGGAAAAAUGGGGGGGAGGAAGAUGAAGGGCAGAAAGAUGAGGGCUUUCUUCCCUCCCUGCCACGUCUACGGAAGCUAUGACAACCAGGUCUGUCGCUACGGAGACAACCCCCGCCGGCAAGAAAAAGGAGGAGAUUGUUGUCCAGGUAGGUGGUGGCAGAAAGUCAAGUCAACGUGAAGCGCUCCUCUCUGGUCUCCGCCUCCGCUUAAGGCCCUGCCCCCAGAACAGUACUCCAUCUCCAGUGGUUGCUAAGAAACCCAGAGAAGAGAGAACCGCACACCGGUACCAUACCAGCUCCAACAGACUCCCCAGGCUCCACCGAAACGUCUCGCCAAAAAAACAGU